AAACGUCGCAACUUGAUGACGUUUGCGCAUUCCUCGUCCAAUAAAACAGCCGUACUCCAUGUAGCUACCAGAAAAGGCUAGGCUAACUAAACGAUAGAGAGGAAGAUUGUGUUGCAGAUCAUAUUUUCUGUACAUCACCCUGAUUCGCAGAGGUCCUUCAAUUCAAAAUGACGUACAGGAGAGACAGGAAUUUACGAGAGGUGUAUGAUGAACGCUUUUUAACAGAGAGGCCGGGUCCGUACCCACGCGCAGCUGGGGCAGUGGAAAGGAGGGGCCCCUUUGGCAGGCCAGAGGAAGACUACGGACGCGGCGGGUACGAGUACGAAGGAGGUCCACGCUUCUUCCCGAAUGGAGGAGGCCCGCGCAAUUAUCAUGAAGAUCAGAGGGCCUACCAUGGUGACAACAUUCACUUCCCUGGUGAACGCAGAGCUGUUCCACCUACAAGGAGGGAGGACUAUCCUUACAGAGUACCCAGGGAAGAGCCACACACAGGACGGCCUUUGGAGUUUGGCGCCCGCCCACCACAGCCCCAUAACGCGCGAAAUCAGGGCAUCUACCCAGCGCCCAGAUCACUGCCAGAGAGCGGGGAGGACACACUAGUGCAAGCCAUCCUCAACCUGGACAGAGGGGAGGACAGAGACCACUUCCGAAGAAAGGCAGCCCCCUUCCCUCCUCUCAGAGAGCGCUCCCCUGUGCGCCGCGAGGUGGCCCGCUCCCCCCACAGUCGCUCCGGCUCCAGCGUCAGCAGCAGAGGCUACUCACCGGACAGAGCCAAGAGCCUGCCGUUUCCCUCACAGCAAGGCAAGAGUGUGGACGGUCCAGAGGCUCAUGCAGGUCUUUCUGAGCACCUUCAGGGGGAGCUCUUUCCUCAACAGAGUGGACAUGAACCUUUGGACAAAAUUCCUGGCCUGUCAAGAGAAGGCUCCCCACACAGCGCAACCUCAAACAAGAUUUUAUCUGCAAAAACCAUCAUAUGA